GAGCUAAUGUGAGGAAUCGAUUUUUCUUAUCGCAUUCCCGUCAUGUCGUGGUUAGCAGAUUCGAUCCCCAUCACUCCUCUUGCCCUUGGACUAGAGAUUACAGCUGGUGUCUUAUUACUUUUAUCAUUUUUCUUCUUAUUCUCUCUUCACACUCACGUUCUAUCGUACCUACAACAAGGUAGACUCGUUGUCGACCCUCAAGAAGAUAUCCAGAUGACAUAGCCACGAUUCAGUGCUAUGUCUGGGAAUACUUCGGAGGAAUAUUGAUAAGCGAAGAAGGUAGUGAAUCAGCGCCUUCUCAUGGGCUUACUGAUACAGCCAAUCGCAUAUCCCUUACCAAUACGUUUUCUGAUACGAUUAGUAAACACGAUAGAUCGGACCACUUCCUCCCUUUUUUCUUAUUGGUUAGUUAGCUGGUCAGACCACUUUCUCAGUAGUUCCCUUUCUCGGUCUGACCAUCGCCGUUCACUAUAUAAGAGAAGUAUAUACUCAAUGUAUUGUUCUCUAGUUCAAUAUUAGUUUGG